GCUAAGCAAAGUUAGGUGAUUGAUAGGAACUUUGAACUACAACCCCAUGAACUUUCCUUUACACAAUUCCUAUGUUUUUACAUUCCAUUGCAUUACAUUACAUACUCCCAUUUUUGAGUCAUUCCUACAUGACUAUUAGCAAGUAGAAAACAUCAAAUUAAGUCUUUUCGGCGCGUUUAGCUUGUUAAGCUUUUAUUAGCUUGGGUUAAACUAUUUUUGGGAUAAACUAUCUUGUAUCAUUUUGGUUAAGGUAAUACUACAAUUACAAUGCAGCUUCAUAUUUCGCCGAGUUUAAGGCAUGUAACUGUAUUUCCGGGCAAAGGAGUCAGAGAAUUCAUCAAAAUAAAAGCUGGUUCAAGGCGGUUUUCGUAUAGGAUGGUGUUGUACUCGCUCUUGUUUUUUACAUUCUUGUUGCGUUUUGUGUUUGUGAUGACCGCGGUAGAAACAAUUGAUGGCCAAAGAAAAUGUUCUUCUAUAGGUUGCUUGGGAAAAAGAUUGGCACCAAAAAUUCUAGGAACUUCUCCUUCAAGUGUCCCAGAAGUCUUAUAUGACGUAUUUGAAGAACCAAGUAGUCUUGUAGAUGAAAAAAAUCCGGGACCUGAUAUUCCUCAGUCACUGGAAGACUUUAUGGCUGAAGUAAGAGAGAGCAGACCGGAUGCCAGAACGUUUGCACUGAAGCUAAAAACAAUGGUGAAUUAUCUUGAACAAAGGACGCGAACAGCUAAGAUUCAAGAAUACCUAUACCGGCAUGUAGCAUCUAGUAGCAUACCAAAACAACUCUACUGCCUGACAUUAAGGCUAGCCAAUGAGCACAGCAUGAAUUCAGCUGCUCGUAUGCAGCUUCCAAAUCCUGAGCAAGUCCCUUACCUCGUUGACAACUCGUUCUUCCACUUUGUUCUGGCCUCUGACAAUGUUUUAGCUGCAUCAGUUGUGGCCAACUCUCUUGUUCGUAAUUCUCUCCACCCUGAGAGGGUUAUUUUGCACAUCAUCACCGAUAAAAAGACCUUUGCACCUAUGCAGGCUUGGUUUUCCUUACAUCCUCUGACACCUGCUGUCAUUGAGGUCAAGGCAUUGCACCAGUUUGAGUGGAUUAGUAAAGGAAAAGUGCCUGUUUUGGAGGCCAUGGAAAAGGAUCAAAUGGCUAGAUCACAAUUUAGAGGCGGAUCCCAAGCAAUUGUGGCUAGUGAUUCUGAAAGGCCUAAUGUUAUUGCUGCUAAGCUUCAGGCUAUGAGUCCCAAAUAUAACUCCAUCAUGAAUCACAUCAGAAUUCAUCUCCCAGAGUUGUUUCCAAGCCUGAAUAAGGUUGUCUUCCUCGAUGAUGAUAUCGUGAUACAAACUGAUUUGUCACCCUUAUGGGACAUUGAUAUGGAUGGAAAGGUCAAUGGAGCAGUACAAACUUGCAGUGGGGAUGAUAGAUUUGUAAUGUCAAAGAAACUAAAGAACUACUUGAACUUCUCUCAUCCUUUGAUAGCGAAUAAUUUUCAUCCAGAGGAAUGUGCUUGGGCUUAUGGCAUGAACAUUUUUGAUUUAGAGGCUUGGAGGAAGUCUGACAUUACUCAAACCUACUAUCACUGGCUCCAACUGAACUUGAAAUCAGACCUAAGUUUAUGGCAGCUAGGAACAUUACCACCGGGACUAAUAGCAUUCCAUGGUCACGUUCAAAUAAUCGAUCCCUUCUGGCAUAUGUUGGGUCUUGGAUAUCAAGAAAAUACAAGUCUGGCAGAUGCUGAAAAUGCUGGUGUUAUUCAUUUUAAUGGGAGGGCAAAGCCCUGGCUUGAUAUAGCUUUUCCACAGCUUAGGCCAUUAUGGGCUAAAUAUAUCGACUUUUCUGAUAAAUUUAUCAAAGGCUGUCAUAUCAGAGAUUCAUGAGAGUUUCUUUCAGAGGAGAAUGAGGUGAAUAUUCUUGUACAUGAGCUAGGGGCGCGCACAGAAUUUUCGCCAAUUCAAGGGGCCUUAUAGAGCAAAAUGCAAAAUGUGGAGGCAGAACAAGAAAGAAGCUAUAAUCAUGUACUUUAACAGAAGCCUCCUUAGAUUAGGAGUUUUCUUUUUUGUGUAUUCUCUUAUCUUAUAUUCUUUCAGUUCAUAAUAUACUAAUAAUUUUGAUGCAUUUAUUCAGAAAAAAA